CGCGCGCUCUGUGAUCCGCGUUCUGCGUGUGUAUGGAGGAAGCAGCUGCUGAUCUGAUCUCUGACACUGUGUGAGACAAGACAGCUGAAUAAAACUGCGCACAGACGUGGCUUUAAACACACCGCACCGAGGCACGCCGUGCAUGAUUACCUCUUUGAUUUAAUGGGUCCAAUCAUUGGGAUGUCACCAGAUAAGAAAACGGAAAUUCCGGGUAUGCAAGAGGAGCGGACAGGGCUCAGGGGCGUUUGCGGUGUGGGAACACUGCCUGAGGCGGAGUGUGCGUCCAGUCCGCUGGCGACCAGUGUGGAUCGUACUGGAGGUACGGAGGAUGAGGAGCUCACCAACCUCAACUGGCUGCACGAGAACCUGCUUCAGAACUUCACUCUGGGAGGUCCUGAAGCUCAGCCCAGCGCCAGCCCUCUCUUUGACAUAGAGGGCGACUACGGGUCCAGCCAGGGCCCAUCAUCCUCGUCCUCAUCUUCGUCACACAGCAGGGGCCGGGAGCGGGACUCGUUGAAGUCUAAGCCCCCUUUCUCAUUUUCUCUUCUCAUCUACAUGGCGAUUGAGCAGUCUCCCAGCAAAUCGUUGCCUGUUAAAGAAAUCUAUGGCUGGAUUCUGGAGCACUUCCCUUAUUUCUCCAACGCUCCCACUGGCUGGAAGAACUCAGUUCGUCACAACUUGUCUUUGAACAAAUGCUUCCGCAAGGUGGAAAGGAGUUUGGGAAAGGCCAAUGGAAAAGGUUCUCUCUGGUGCGUUGACCCCGAGUACCGCCCCAACCUGAUCCAAGCCCUUAAGAAGCAGCACUUCCCUGCCGCACAUGCCUUCUGCACACCACCCGCCUCCCCGCCCAGUGCCUCCUCCCCCCCUCGCCAUCUCUUUCUACAAGGCUGCUCAUUCAAAGAGUCUGACAUUGAUGCUGCCACUGCCAUGAUGCUCUUAAACUCUGCCCCAGGGCACCACGUUGACCCAUGCAACUCUGAAGGCCCACUGGACCUCUCCCGGCCCGACUCUGUCCUGGUGAGCAGUGAUCCAAAGCAGGACCACAACUACAGCAGUGCGGCCCUGCAACGCUGCUCGUCCCGCUCCUCCUCCUCGUCUCUUUCCUCCCUGGAUGAAGGGGGCUGCGACCGUAGGCAGUCCCACCGCGCUGGCAGCGAGGGCUUCCACAGCGACGAGGACUCUGACCUCUGGGACGAGAGGGGUGUCCACCAGACUUCUCGACGUCCGGCCGCCAUCAAGUGGCCCUCUGGUAAGAGGCCACGGCGCGAGGUCAAGCCGGAGGUGGAUGACGAGCUGAAGGAAGCCGCCGGCUCCUUGCUGCACCUCGCUGGUAUACGCAGCUGCAUGGAGGGCUCCAAACGCACUGUCAAGAGCACAAAACUUAACAGGAAAUGAAGAUUUGACUCACCAGACUCCGGACCCUGUGAACCCUAACCUCUGACCCCUGAUCAUGUGUCCCAGUGUGCCUCCUUCUCCUUAUCUGAUCGUUCAUUGGCCAUUUUGAGCCUUUUUUAUUUGUUUGGGAAUAUCCCUGUCCAACAAAACAAAUGGCAAUAGUAUCGUUCACACAGGAGAACAAAGCCAUAUAGAGACUUUUGUAACUCGGGGGUAACUGCUGGGGGUGGGAUUUUGGGCUAUGGAGAACCAUCAUGAAACCUAUCCAAAAUGACCUGCCUGCUUCUGUUGGAUUAGAAGAUUGUGAUUCAAGGAUUUUCCUCCGAAAGACAAAAUGGGAAAAGCUGAAGGUUUUAUAACUCAAAGCGUUGCAUGCUUCCUCUUCAAACCUGUAUCCUCUUCCAAGUGAAUCUAUUUAUGAUGCGAAUGAGUGCAUGUUUGUAACAGACAAAAUCUAACCUCCUGGUGUUAUCAGUUUCUCCUUUUUGUGCUAAAGAAAAAAAAAAAGCCACUGUUUUGAAAGGAAUUCCUGCUCUACAAAUCCUCUUGUAAGAGAGAUGCAAUAAUUAAUCUACAACCUUAACAUUUUUAUUUUUAUUUUUUUUACACAUUAUUUCAUGGUGGCAUUUUUCAGAGUUGAGUACGCUAGUUAAACUUUACAAUUAAGAGAAUGAAUGGAGUAGUACUAUGAUCUUGUUAUGCGAUAAACUUAUUACUUCAGGAUUAGCAAGAUGUGGAAAUAGUAUUACUCCGCCACUGCCAAAUUUAGUUGCAAAGUUAGCUAUACUACUUCGCUCAGUUUUGUGCGGCCAUAACAGUGCUAUACAAAUGAAAGUUGUUUUAAUUAUUUUUGCAAAUCCAGUUCUCGUCCUGUCAAUCCCUUCCAUUCAUCGGUGUGUUUUUGACAUUUAUGUGCAGACAUAUAUUGACUUGUUUGGUGACAGCCUAUGCAAAGCGAACAUCUGCCACAUAUUGCCAGAUGUUCACUGCGUGUUCAUAGGUUAUCCUCCAUAGAUUUGUGUGUGUGUGUGUGUGUGUGUGUGUGUACCAUAGUGCAUGUCGACUUCAGCCUGAACCAUGAGAUGAUGGUCAUGACAGAAAAUGGUCAAAUCAACUUUUUAUUUCACUGACAAUGUAGAUAUACUGCUCCAAUGACUGUGAUUGGUGUAAUGACAGAUCUCCCUUGCUAUAGCUGUAUUGUGGGGCCUGCUUGCUUCUGGUCCUUUUUGAAUGCAGAGCUGGUUAAUAGUCAAAAACUGGAGCAGACAGUAAAUUACCACAGCAUUGUUUGGAUUUGCAGUUUGAUUAUACCUCCCUAUGUUCUCCUUGUUUUUUGAACCAUGUACUUUAGAAAAUUACAAAGUGAUUAAGCUCAUUUUAAUGCUGGCUGAUCCCGUGGCCAAGUUCAUUCACAACCUGAGGCAUGGUGUGUCUGUUAAAAAGAACAAGAAGGGGACAAUAGAGUCAUGGCCCGAGAGACCUUUGCAUGUGCAGUCGCUCGCAGGCGAGUUGUUGAAGACCUGUGCUGCUCUCAUGUUGUGCCCUCAGUUCUGGCUGGCCACCAGUGUUUUCGUCCUUGCUCUUCCUCCUACAACAAAAUAAGGAAGUGCACGCUCUCUUCUCAAGCUGUGAAAUGGAGUGUUUAUUGUCAGUUGGUUGCAUGCAGUUCACUGAGGGGAAGUUGCGAGGCACUUGUGUAAAAGGCCAUAAUUCUCAUUUGAGCUUUUAAAAAGGCUGCGUACUUGCAGCGUACAAUAAAAGGUAGCAUGGAAGCGCACAAGGGUAACAAGCCGAAAAUAUCAUCAUUUUUUUCUCCCGCAGGACUAGAUCACGUUGUGUCAGUUAGUAUAGCAUGCAUGGUCAGUGCCAAACGUUUUCUUGUGCCACUGAUGUAAAUCUGCAAAGGGUUACUCUAUUCCCCUGCUGCCAAAAUGUAGUGUGUGAUUUAGAGUAACAAUGCCCUAGUUUUCUGAAUCAUCCGAACAGGAAAUGGGAGAGGACUCUCUGGUCAGUGCAGUGACUUAACCAAUCCUUUGGUUUAUUUUUGUCGCUUGAGAGUGGGAACUGUUCAUAGCAGAGUACGCUGCAGUUCUCAGAAGUAAUACUUGCAUACACUGGUCUUGUUUAGCUGUGAAAAAAAGAACAAAUUAUUGUUCAUUAAUCAUCACCUUAUUUAUGACAUUAAUUUAUGGGAUUAUUGAAUGCAUACUCUAUCAAAUACUGGUCAUUUGAAAGGAAUGACUAGGCACAUUUAUUUUUCUCCCUCUGUGAACUCCUCUUAAUAAGUAUUUUGUUUUUCUUCUUGUUUUAUUUUACAGCAAUACACCUUUUUUUUCUUUCACUAUGUUAUAGUGAUUAAGUAUUUUGCCAAUGUCUAUUGUCUUUAGAGCGGGUGUUUGUUUUUUUCAAUUUAACCAUGACUGCCAGGUUUUCUUGAUGUUUUGUUUUGCUUUGUGUUAUGCUGGAUAGAAGACAGUUAAUUAACAUUGAUCCUGAAACCUUUUGUUGCCAAAAUGGAUGUACAGCUGGGGUAUAAAAUUUAAGACGGACACAUUCCCCAUGUGCUGUAGAAGUUCUUUGAAGAUGAUUGAAUCAUUUGUCUCAUGUUUAUGUUUAGAUACUAUGACUAGGUAGUCACAAAUUGAAGAUUAACGCUCGAUCUCAUCGCAGAUUAGAAAAAACAAAUUACUGCCACUCAUAACUCAUGCUUCCAAGUAUUGUUAUGGGAUGUUGAAAUGUUUCACUAAAAACUGGAUCAGACUCACUCAAAGGGUGAACUCAGCAGGUGCACUCAGUCCCCCAGGCGGCUGCUGUGUAGUUUCAGACAUUCAAGUGUACGGACAAAUGCAAAGAAAUUAUGUAGAGGAAAAGCUCGCUCAUUCUUUCUGUAGCACUUGCAAAAGAAAUGUUAUAUUGGUCUCAAAGUGACACAGAGUCAGUGUGUACCUAAACGUUUUGGGGUCCGAUUUACCAAACUCCAAACCCAGUUGCUUCAUUGCUCAACAGCUUUUACUGAAUAUUGAUUAUGUGAUCCUCGAAAUUCUGUUGCAGUUCCUAUGGGUAUAAUGAACAUUUGUUGUAUUUCACAAAGCUGCCAACCCAGUAUCAGUUUGUGUCAGUUGUCUGCCAUGUCUAUUGGAUGGACACACCUUUUGGUUUUUGUAUGCUAACCUCUGUUGAUAAAAUGUUUAUAAGAUUUAUUUUCGCCAAAGAUAUGCAAUUGCAUUAUAUAUGGUAUUACAAAAUAUUAAUAAAAACCUGUUCUUGUUA